AUGAACCAAGAUUUAGUAAACCUAGAACAAAAGGUUUCUAAUCUUGAACAAAUAAUUGUUAAGCGUGAACAAGCAAUUAGCCAGCUUAGAGAACCUGAAGUUCUUGUUGAAAGUGUUGUUAAUGUGUUGAAGAAUCUAGAUAAAAGAGCAGUUUUUGUGAAAGAGUUUAAUUGGAGUGAUGUAAAAAAUGAUUAUGAUCAUGCUAACGACAAAAAAAAAUUUAUUCAAGAUUUAGAAACGUGGUUUAAAAAAAAGCCAUUAACAGUCGCAAAAGAAAAAGGUUGCACAAUUAAAGAUGUUAUCUCAAAAAGAACUGCGUACUUCUUACUUGGCAAUUAUCUUAUCAAUAGAAAUUUUAAGGAAGCAGAAUAUCUCAA